AUGUCCGAUAAACUGUUGAAUAAUAUUCAAGCAUCGGUUACUGUGCUCAGUAAAGACAUCCAGGAGCUGGGCAAAAGAACAGCCCACGUAGAGCACCGCAUGGGCGAAUACGCAGAAGCCCACAAUGACCUAGCAGACCACAUUCAAGCCCUGGAAAAGCAACUCACCUCAGCCCAACUUAAGCUCUCUGAUCUUGAAGAUAGAUCACGGCGGCAAAACUUAAGAGUGCGGGGAAUACCGGAAUCGGUAACGCAAGCCAACAUACCUGAAUUCUUAACAGGGUUUUUCAAGAGCCUUAUACCGGACAUGCCAACGGAUAUGAUUCUUCUUGACCGGGCUCACCGUGUGGCCAAACUGAAGUUCCUGCCCGCAGACGCAGCAAGAGACACGCUGACUCACCUACACUACUAUCACGUCAAAGAGGCCAUACUGAAAGCUGCAAGGAACCGCACAAACCUUCCACAACAAUAUAACCAGCUACAGAUAUAUGCAGACCUAUCAGCGGCUGCCCUACAACGGCAAAGGGACUUCAAGGUGAUAACUGACACCCUGCAGGAACACAAGAUCCCCUAUAGAUGGGGCACCUGGUAUGCCUGA